UCAGUUGUUUUUCAAACGCUAAACGUGUUGGUUGUAUCGAAUACGAGUGCGGCAUAAAGUGAGUUGAAACAAAUUGUUUUAAAGGAAAGAGUUAAUCAAAUUAUUUGAAAAAAAGAAAUAUUCGAUAUUGAAGUGGAAGUGCAAAUAAAAUAAAGCUUUUCGCUCACAAACCGACCGCAUGUGCAAAGUAAACAAAACAAAACAUAAGUGCAGAAAAUAAGUAUAAAAACCAAUAGAGCUUCGAAAACCAGUUAAGAACUAACAGGUGAACCCAACUUUGUGGUAAAAUAAAAAUAACAACAAUAAACUAUAAACAGCAAAAAUAGGAAGGCGGCAAUUAGAAAGGUCAAAACAAUAGAAUACGUAAAGUUUGUGGAAUUUUCGAAGUUUUGAAUAUAUUAAGCUCGAAUCAAGGUUGCAUAUCCAAGUGGAAUAACCGAACUACUAUCUAUAAGACACACACACACACACACCCAGACACCUGUCCACAGCACCGUCAUGUCAGCUCGAAGUCAUCCACAAAUGGCACCACCGCCACCACCUCCCAAACCAAACAAAUCCGGCGCCAGCGCAUAUGACAACCAUGCAGCCAAUGGCAAUGGCACAUACGCCACGAAUGGCAACGGAAAUGCUAAUGGCAGCGCUAGCGGCAGUCGCAGCGGCAGCAUAUCCUCGCUGACAGACAAUCAGGGCAGCCUGCAGCGCCACAGUCAGAACGUCAAUGGCCGUAGUACGUGUCACACGCCACCGCGCACAGAUCGAGAGCAGGUCGUAAUGACGCCAAAAGGUAAAACCGCCAACAGUACCGUUAUACUGAUCGAACGCAAGCUCGUCGAUGAAAUCAAUGAGCGUGUGCAUGUCGCUGGUGGCGAUCAUACAGGUAUCAUCAUCAAUAAGGACACCGUUAGUGGACAGAAGAGCGAAAUGCUGCCGGCUCAAUUGUCGCUGGAGUUUCGUGUGUUCUUGGUGAGCGCCAAUAGCGGUAAACAUUCGCAGGAAUCGCGUACGUUGCGCUUCUGGUUCCGGCAGUGGUUGCGCAGCGACGAGAAGCAGGCACAGAUUGCACAGGAUUUCUUCAAGGAGCUGGUCAGUCCGAAGGACUUUCCCAGAGAUUAUGUGGGCUUCAUUAAAAAGAUCAUGAAACUACUGCAACGUGGUUACGAUGAGAUACAGUCUUUAGAAAUCGAAUUGCGCAUUUUGGAGGAAACUGCAGAGCCACCAUCCAGGCCACCUCGCGACGGUUAUAUUAUUUAUUGUUAUGGUGAUUGUAAUCGCAAAUUUGAGGAGGCACUACAGGCGCAGCGCAAAACAGUCUCACUGGAGGAAUCACAAUUUGAGUCACCGCCCUUGACGCCGGAAAAGGUGCUCGAAUUAAUUGAACAGGCCUAUCCGAGCCCCAUUACACCGGAAGAUUUGGCUAAAGAUUACGGCUGGGAGGAGCAAGAUGUACUUUUGGUAUUCAUAUCACUGAAGGAACGCGGUCUCAUCAAAUCUAUGGAGUAUAAUUCAUACACACGUAUACAUCAUGAAGACAAGGAGAUUAAGGUCGUUAAACAAAUGCCAACCAUUGCUUCGAAUAAACAACCCACCAUUGCUAUUAUAACGGCACAAUAUUGUGAGAAACUAGCGGUGGACGCCAUGUUGGAGAAUAAGGAAACAUUUGUACGCUAUACAACAGUCGAUUCCGAUCCCAAUUUAACAAACUCACUCAGAAAAUCUAAAAAGAAAAGACGAUUUGGCGAAUCGAACGUCUAUACCUUGGGCAACAUUGGCGCUCAUCGCAUUGUCAGCACCAAAUUACCAUCGGUGGGUAGUACACGUGAGGCAAUGACCGCUACGGGCAAUACAACGACACGUUUGCUGGGCACAUUCCAAAAGGUCGACUAUGUCUUCGUGGUGGGCGUGGCCGGUGGUGUGCCACAUUAUACGGAUUACAAGAAGCACGUACGUCUGGGAGAUGUCGUAAUAUCGUAUGUGGAUAAACAGCGGGCGCUGUUGAGCAAAAAUGAGAAACCCUAUGUGUAUGUCUACAAGAGCGGUGAAGAUGUGAAAACCUACUUCCCCAUUAAUGACUCACUCCAGCAAAUCGCCGAAGGCCUGCAAGCCAAUAUGGAAGUGAAGCGUCCAUGGGAUACCUAUCUGCGUGAAGGUUUGGCAUCGUUGCUGCAAAAAACGGAGAGCGACUUCAAUCGUCCAUCCGUCAAUACCGACAAACUCUUCAUGAACAUCGGCAAUAAUGAGGUUAUCGAGGUGGCACAUCCGAUUGCCACGGACACCGUGGAUGGCGUGCCACGUUCCCGCCUGCAUCUGGGACCCAUUGGCUCCGGACGUGAUCUGGUGCGUAGCGACAACUCACGUAUGGACUUCGCCAAGAAGUAUGGCUUGCUCGCCACAGAUGUGGAGAUGAGCUCGGUGUUGGACAGCAUUAUCGGCAAUUGCAGGGAGAGCUUCAUACUGGUGAAAGGUAUUUCCGAUUACAAGGAUGGCAUGUCGACGCGAAAGUGGCAGAAUUUCGCCUCUCUGGCGGCCGCUUCAGUGGUCAAAUCGAUCAUCUGUGGCAUGGAUGCGCCAACAAAUGUUUAAUUAGCAAGCAAAUUGAAAUUAUUCUAAUAUAUUUAUAUAUAUAUAAUAUACAAAUUUAUUAAUAUUAGCGCAAAGUAAAUUAUUUUUUAGAGCUACGUAUACAGUUGUAUAACGGUUAAUUGUAUAAAAUAUUAAGUAAAAUGAAAGUGAAAGUGAAAGCAUUUAGAUUUCUUUAUACUGACUUGAUAAAAUCACAUAUUUAUAGUAAACAAUAACUAUUUAACAGCAUUAAUACCUACAAACAUGCAGUGUUGCAUAAUUAUUAAUUCUUCUUAAUCAUAUUUACUAAAUUGACAGAAUUAAAAAAAAACUAUUUUUUUCUGCACUUUUUUAUUUUCUUUACCUUUGCUUUAAGUGAAAACACAUUUUCCUACAUUUUAAUUGCAAUCUACAUACUAAAUAUAAAUGUAUAACGGUAAUCAAAGUGUUUUAGUUGAUAAAGAGAGAAGAGAAAAUUGUGUCCUUGUUUUUUUGUAAUAAUUUUUGUUAUAUUUUAUUGAAUUGUUAAUUUUUGUAUUGCAAUAAAUGAUUACACUUAGACCAUACAGUAAA